AUGAUUGUAUACUCCGACCAUGCUGCCUUGAAGUAUUUAAUGACCAAGAAAUAUGACAAGACACGAUUGAUUUGGUGGAUUCUUCUUUUACAAGAGUUCGAUCUCGAGAUAAAGGACAAAAGUGGUGCCAAAAACCUAGUUGCGGAUUACUUAAGUCAUUUGAAUGUUACUGGGUCCUCUUCUCCCAUUCUUGAUGAAUUUCCGGAUGAACACCGCUUCUAUCUUUCAAACACCAUUCCAUGGUAUGCAGAUAUUGUCAAUUUUGUGGCUACUAAAGAAAUCACAUACACAUUUACCAGGUACCAAAAGGCCAAGUUGAAUAGUGACUCCACAUACUACGUGUUGGAUGACCCUUAUCUUUGGAAAUAUUGCCCGAAUCAACUAUUACAGAGGUGUGUUCACCAAAAUGAGGUCGAAUUAAUCUUAAAGUCUUGCCAUGAGUAUGCAUGUGGAGGUCAUUUUGGUCAAAAAGAAACAUGUGAAGGUGCUAGAAUGUGGACUCUAUUGGCCACCAAUGUCAAGAGAUACCUAUCUAUUUUGCAAGAGUUGUGA